AUGAUGAAUAUAUUAGUAGUUUUUGGUGGUGUUGGUUUAUGUUUUUAUUCGUUAACUUUUCUUGCUUGUAUAAUUAUGAUUGUAUUAAUUUCUAUUCGUAUUCGUCUAUUAAAAUCUAAUGUUUCUAUGCUUCUGAUAUACAAUACAUAUUUAACUUUAUUUCUAUUUGCAACAAUCAUGCUUCUUAUGUAUGCAUACAAUGAACAUGGUAAUCUCAAUCCAUCAAUUUGGCUUGGUGGUCGAUGGUGUCAAAUACGUACUUAUUUUGUUCAUGUUUGUCUUUGUGCUUUGUAUUAUUCAUUUAUUCUUCAAGCUAUUUUUCGAUUAUUUCGAAUAGUUUUUUAUCAAUAUAAAAUAUUACAAUCAUUUAGUGUUUGUAUAUUGGGAAUAAUUAUUCAAUGGAUAUUAUCAUUUCUUUUUCUUCUUCCUAGUCUAUUAUUAGACGAUUUUCAAUAUUUGCCUUUUGAAUAUAAUUGUUGGAUUGCAUUUGAAAAUAUUCGUGGACUUAUGUUUGUAAUCAUGAUUAUUUAUGGUAUAUCAACAUUCUCUAUUUCAUCCAUGUAUAUGUAUAUUAUUCGAUAUAUUCAUCGACCAAAUAAUAUUCAACAAAGACGACAAAAUGCAAAUAAACGAGAUUUAAUAAUUUUAAAACGACUUAUUAUUCUUGUUACUGUUGUUGUUGGACUUGGUUUUCCUACAGUUGUUGUCGUAUUUAUAUACAUAGGUACAAAUAAUAUUAUACAAUUCGCUUACCAUAUUCAAGGUGUAAGUCUAUCAAUCGGAGCAUUUAUAAUAUCUAUUUCUCUAAUCUUCAUUACACCACAGAUACGAGAGUUAUUGAAAAGAAAUCAAAGCCAAAUUCUACCUACAGCGACAAUAGCUUUUACUAUUGAUCGACCAUGUAAAGUACACGGCAUUUAA